AUGCACACUCCUCCCAGAGGCCUGGUGUACGCAAUUUACUACACGGCUCUUGCAGUGAUCGCGGUUCCAGUUAAUAUAGUGGCCAUUGUGAUCCUGUCCCGAGGAAAAUGUGGUCUUUCAAGAUGUAUCAGCCGGUACCUCGUGUCUAUGGCGGCGACGGAUCUUCUGGUAAUUCUCACCGCCGUGAUAUUAAACCGGAUUCCCGCUAUUUAUUUUCCCGGUAAUUUCCUCUUCAUCACUCCCGUGUGCAGUUUCAGCAUUGCCUUAAUUUACGCCGCUAGGGACAGUUCGGUUUGGUUAACGGUCACGUUCACGUUUGACCGAUAUGUAGCUAUCUGCUGGCAGAAACUCAAAGCAAAGUAUUGCACCCACAGAACCGCUGGCGUUGUUGUCUCUACCGUCUGUACUUUGGGCUGCGUGAUCAACAUUCCCUGGUACUUUUUGCACGAAUCUAUCUACGUCAUUGAUAACGUGCCCUGGUAUUGCAAACGGGCGGGUAUCCUUUCUUCUUUUCUGCUAUGGAAAAUAUUUGAUUGGACGGAUCGCGCUCUGGCCCCUUGCCUCCCGUUCCUGCUUAUUCUGACGCUCAACGCGCUCACGGUCAGGCACAUUCUGGCAGCCAGUCGGGCCCGUAGGAGACUCUGCAGUUGCGCCAUAGGAGACAGACAGAGGGACCCGGAGAUGGAGAGCCGCAGGAAGUCGAUCGUCCUGCUCUUUGCAAUCUCCAGUUGUUUCAUCCUUCUGUGGAUGCCGUAUGUUGUCCACUUCUUGCUCGUGCGAUUUCAAAUUGGUCAUGCAAUUAAUGGCUACAGCGACCCUAGAUUUAUCCUGAUGGAAAGUGCCAACAUGUUUCAGAUGCUGAGCUGCUGCACAAACACGUUUAUCUACGCAGUGACUCAAAACAAAUUCCGGGAGGAACUGAAGCUUCUCGUGAAAUUUCCGCUGAACGCUUCACACUCAACAGCUCCGUUACGGAAGGAACAGAUUCCUGCAAAAAAAUCAGCAAGUCGUUCCGUUUAG